UAAACUAUUAAAAGGCCUAAGAAUGUUAGUUGGCCUGUUUCCGUUUAAACGGUGAGGCACUGUAGCUCCGAACUUGGGAAUAACUAACGUGACCAUUUCCGUUUCAGCUUCUCCGCGUCACCCCUCUCCGCAGCCAGCACAAGCUUUCCGCCAGUGUCCUGCUGUUUACCGCACCUGCUUCUCAAUGGUGGUGUGCUUCCCACCGCUCAAUCUUUCUCCCAGGUAUACAUCUAAAUGUCCCCUCGCCCGAUUCAUAAGCUAGGGUUCCUAGGAAGCGUCACAGCCCAUCGUCCGCCGAAGGAGUUGCCCUUGAUGUCAAUCUGUCGUAUCUUUCGCCGCAGACCAGACCUCUCAUCCUUCCUCAACCCUCUGCAUCAGGCGAUCAAGUGAGUCUUUCUUGCGGAUGGGCGACCAGACCUCUCAUUGGAGGGAAAUUUCAGCAGCAACAACCUCAACUUUUGACUUUCAUCUCCGCUUUAAAAACUCCCCAGCUCGAUUCUCAUUAUCGCACCUCCCCGACGAGAACAAUCAGCAACAGAAGCUAUGGAGGAAGAUUUAGGCACCCAACUUUGCUGUCUAAAAUACUCAGUGGAGGAUAGGGAAAAGGAUUCUUGGCUAGGGACAAUCACUGGUCAUUACAGAGGUAUGCAAAUCAAUAGGAGCAGAUCACUCCACUAAGCAACUAUUCGAAGCUCUAUCUUUAGUGGGAUGAUCAUGUCUCAGACCACUCCACUCGCUGUCCGAUCUCUCCUCUUCCUGCCUCCAUAUUCUCGCUUGACGGUUGCACCCCAAACAAUUUGGUUAGCUCUCUGCUAUUUUCCAGUUCCACUUGUACUCUGUGAAACGUUAAUACAAGUUUUUGCUUGGUCUAUGCCUGUCUGGAUAAUGACCGUGAAAGGGUUGAUCUUGUUGUCUAGAAGCUCAUCACCUCUCCACACCUGGUAUGCUUCUGAAAUUUCUCUUAUGAAGGUUUCGCUUUUUUAAGGUCAGGACAUUAGCUACAAUUCCCUGGUUUCGUCAAAUACGAGUGUUUACAAUUUUUUAUUUGUGCUAGAAUUUUAUUUCAAGCUGUAACUAACAAUGAAUGGUUGAAGUAUACAAGAAUGCCCCAGAUCGUAGGAUUAGAAGAUGGACAGUUUCACAGCUUUAGUGAACUUGAUUUGAGAAUUGAAUACGGGAAAUUUCAGCAGCAGCAACCUCAACUUUUGAGGAUAGUGAAGGUUGUUCAGAACCCAGCAGAGCACCGUGCCUAUCGCAUAGCAUUUGAGGUUAUAGAUAAGAAACCUCGUCAAACUGAUGCCUACUUUGCUAAUAUUUAGAUGGAAAGACAAACUGUACAUUAUGGUGAAUGCAAAUGGCGGAUUAAACCAGAUGAGAUUUGGGGGAAGAACACAUUUGUAUGGAAAAAAGUGAAAGGAAUGCCCGAGAACAUAGGAUUAGAAGAUGCGCAGUCCCCCAGAUGCAGCUGAAUUUGACCAGAGGUCAACUAGCUCUUCUUUUCUCUUUUCCAAUGGAAGCCGAACAUCAGAAUUUGGAUUGAUGAAAGUUUACUGAUGGGGAAAAGUAGUCUAGCUUUCUCAUAAACUCAAGGAGCUUAUCUAAAUGCCAUGCUUUAUUGCUUGUUUUUCAUUGUUGGGCAUGGGAUUUUGCGCAAAGCACGCAAACCACCUUCGUCCCCACCGCGACUACUCCGGUCAGCCAUCAAGAUGACAGAUCUGGCACCGGUGACCCUAAGGACGGGAGAUCCGGCACCGGCGGCCUCAAAGACAGGAGAUCCGGCACCGGCGGCCCCAAGGACUGUAGAUCCGACACCGGCGGCCCAAAAAAUGCCAGAUCCGGCACCCCAACCCCCACCAGCCCCAACCACCCUCCCACAGCUCUUUCACAACCGCAUCGCACCACAUCCCGCCCCUAGUCGUCGCAUCGUCGCCCAACACCACUCUCACGCAACCACUAGCCCAUCGUGACCAGGCCACUUCUGUCGCUGCUCAUCGCCCUUAGCCUCCAUCGCCGACACAUACGGUAACCCUAGCCGCCGCCGAGGACGGCGGAUCCAGCAGCGACGACGGCCAUCGAGGAAGUCUGAAGCAGCGACGUCGUACAUCGAUCUUCGUUACUAGUUGAUUUCAGCGAUGAAAGAAGAAGAAAUGAGAAGAGAGAGAUGAAAGAAGAAGGAAUGAGAAGAGAGCGACGAAUUUUGUUUGGGGAGAUGGGCCGACGCAAAUACGCAGGUGCAGCGUGGCUGGAGUCUUUUUUAAAGAGUCAUAUUUCUGGAAAAUGUAAAAAUUGUCAUAUUUUUGGAAAUGAAAACUCUAGUAGUAAUAUAUAGGCCAUUAUUUCAACCUUUAAUUGGGACGGAAAUAAUAUUAUAUAGAGCUAAAGAUAUUUAUUUUAUAAUAGAGCGUGAUACAAAUAAA